UUUUUUUGUCUUUUCUUUUCCUUUUUAUCUCUUUUUAACUGAACAACAAACUUUUAUAUUUUAUAUACUUUUACUCUCUCUCUCUCUCUCACAUACUUUAUCUCAAUCUAUCUCUACAGAUUGGAUGUAUCAAAAAAUACUUACGACGUAGUUUCAUCUUUUUAUUUGAUCAAGCCAUCAGCAAAAACGUUAUAUCAUUUUAUCGUCAUCCAACACUUUCCCUUAACCAACCUAGGCUGAAAUGGCAGUAUCUUCCUCCAAAAAACAACUAGUGAAAAGUAAUGAUCCAUCUAUAGACAGAAAACCCAAACGCUUCAAAGUAGGACGAGCCUGUUAUUCCUGUCGGGUUAAAAAAAUCAAGUGUGAUGGAAUUCAACCUUGUAUGCAGUGCAAAGCUCGUCAACUAUCAUGUACAUUUUCUUCCGAUGGUGCUAUGGAUGAUGAUGAUAUGAUUAUCAACAAUGAUACUCCAAAUCAAGAAGAUCAUCUGGAUAAUGGACAAGAAAUGGAAAAAUCAUUAAUAUCAACAACAAUGACAGCAACAACAUCAAAAACAACAACAACAAUAACAACGACAAUGAAUAGACAAUCAAGUAUACAACGUCAACAAUUAGAAAAUACUAAUAAAAGUUUGGAUUAUCUUGGUACAAGAUGGCCUGGUGAAGGAAAUGAAGGCAAAUGGUAUAUCAAUGAACAACAUCUUAUAGAAAUAACAACUGAUUUAUCAACAAAAGUCAACUUCAACAAUACGACAUUACCUUCACGGAAAGUUCAAAGUCAACUCAUCAAAUCUUUUUAUCGUGAAAAAUAUCCUCUCUUACAACUGAUACCCUUUGAUUAUUUUUCACAAGAAUUUGACAAAAAUGGUCCUUUGAUUUCACCCUUUCUUUUACUGGUUAUGUUUGCUCAUGCUUCUGAUGAUGAUCAAGUGGCGGAUUCUUACUUCAAACAAGCAUUGGAACUUUUGGAUUAUGCCAUGACUUUUCCUUCUCUCAGUACUGUAGUUGCUCUCUGUUUAUUGUCUCUUUAUGAACCCAACUCUGAUUAUCGAUUCACAUCAAGAGCGUAUGGAGCCAUGGCAUUUCGAAUGUGUAAUGGAUUAGGAUAUGGUCAACUUCAUCAAACUUCCGAUAUAGCUCACGAAGAAUUAAGGAAACGGAUAUUAUGGGGAUGUUAUUGUCUGGACAAAAUGCAAGGUAUAUAUUACGGAGAUGCUUGGAUGAUACGACUAGAUGAUAUCAAUAUGGAUUUACCAAGGUGUCAUUGGCCAAAUGAAGAUCAAGAAGAAAUGGAAGGUUUUGUUGCUAUUAUUAAACUAAUGCAAAUGGCUGAACGAUGUCUCAAACCUGAUCAUUUUUCCAAGCAAUCUGUACACAUGGACGAAACAUUUGCUAUGCAUCUACAUCAAGAACUUAUUCAAUGGUUACAAGCUUUACCACCUCAUUUUCAUUGGACUCCUUUACCGACCCUACAUUCAACAUCUACACCAGUUCCGACAGAACCUCCACGAAACUCGUCAGUCGCCCAUUUACAUUUACUGUUCAAUAUGAUUCAAUUGCGGAUCCUUUUACCUUUUGCAUCGCCUUCUUGUUCCAACCAAUUACUACAUCAAAGAUGCAUAUCAGCAGCGACUAAUUUGACUCAAAUCACAUGUUCCAUGGCAGAGCAAAAUAACCUUAUCACCUCCUAUCUUCUUACAGCAACUGGUAUCAUGUUGUCUACUCGGGCUCAUCUUUUGAAUUGUACAAAUCAAACAACAAACUUGGCAAGACAUUCUCGAUUUAUGUUCCAACGAGGUAUGCGAUCUUUAUCUUCCAUGAUGCGGCGUAGACAAAGAUUGAUCCCUGGUGUUGACUCGUUUGUGAUCCGAGUGGAACAAGCAUUACAUAUAGCAGAUUCUCAAGUAACAGCAAAUGAUCUUGUUGGAUCCUUUUUAGUAUCGACAAAUGACACCCAUGGUACGACAGAUACAACAACAACUACUACUACUACUACUACUACUAUCAAUAACGCCAAUAACCAUAUGUAUCUUAGCGGAUCUGAACAGAAUGCAGCGGAAGUUUUAUCACAAGCAUUUGGUACAUCAACAUCAUCAUCAUCGCCACCACCGCCACCACCAUCAUCAUCAACAACAACAACAUCAUCAUCACUGGAUUGGCGUUCUCAUCAACACAACAACCAUUCACAUUAUCAACGACAUCACGAACAGCCGGAACAGUUACAUCAUUCAUCAGUGCCUCUUUAUUUUUUGGAAACAUCUGAAAUGGAUCAUGUUUGGAAUGAACGGAUGGCUCCAUCAAGUGUAGAUGCUUUAUUAUACAAGUCACGAUUUUUUAUGGACGAUCAACGUCAACAAGAUCUCACUACCGGCGGUUUACUUAUGAGUCAUGCAAAACUGAAUGAUCCUUCAUCCAUAUCCAAUUGGUUCAUGCGACAAACAAAAGAUCGACAUUGGGAAGCACAAACAUCAAGUACAACACCAUCAUCGACAACCACCACAUCCAUCCCAUCUUCCAAUACACCUUCACAGUCUAUGAUGACAAAUAUAUCAACAAGAACCGCAACAACAACAACAACAACAACAAAUGACAAUUCAGUUUUUUGGCCCAUUGUAUCAUCAUCUGAAACAGAAUCAUCAUCUAUCACGAAAAAGUCACCUGUCACUCCAACAACUGCAAGAUCGCUUGGACAUUAUAUGAAUAUUGGAUUGGGCGUUUAUGCAUCGGCUCAUCAACAUCACAACGACGUCAUUAGACAGCAUAUCCCGGAAGCGACAGGAAGCAGUUCAUCCUCUAGACCUGUGAUUCUUACACACCAAGGCCAAGUGAUUGUGACACCAACAGAUACCUCCAUGGGACAAAUAGAAUGAUACCAAAAGUAGAAAAGUUUAGCCGUUUAGAUUGUGUGUAGUUAGAUUAGUGAACCUUUUUUUUUUUUAUUAGAC